GACUCGAAACCGCCGAUCGGGGCAUAUAAAGCCCGAUGAACGGCAGUCGGUGUUGACUAUAGUAACGAAGCGGACGUUCAACUAUCAUCAUGGUUAAACUGGGCUUUCUUUCUCUGUUAAUUGCCGCUUGUGUGGUUGCUGCCUUUGCUGCGGGUGAUUGUCCUUCGUCCACAAAGGUCCAAAAUUGUACCCCAAAAUGCUUGCAUGACAGCGAGUGCAGUGCGAUUGGAGGUAAAUGCUGCCCGAACUUGUGCAAUGGUCGCAGCUGUGCUCAACCCAAUUUGCUGGGAAAUUCCGGAGCCGAUAAAUCGCCAUUUGGCAGCAAAAACACUGGAUCAACUGGCAGUUAUUGCGGCAAUGUCAAGUGCGGCAGCUUCGAGAAGUGCGAAAUGGACCGCAGCACCAAGCGACCCAAGUGCGUGCGAUCGUGAAAACCCCGCAGCAACAUCAACGACACGGCGGCAACAUCGCGUUAUAAACUGAUUUCUUUGUCACUAAAUGGAAACUUAUAGACCCGAAAACUUUCUUUGCCAUGUC